GGCGCAAUUCAAAUGUGGACACGUUACAGCCGAAAGAGCUUCCCGCUGCAACACGUUGAGACUGGUGGAAUAUUACAUAUUUACAUACGUUUCUAAAGCCGUUCGUAUAUAAAUAUAUAUAUUAUUAUUUAUUUACUUUUGAUUAUUUUAUUGAGGCACUUCAGUGAGGUUUUGUCACCGAGCGAAGUUCCUAAGACGCAUAGGAACAUGUCAGAAGUGUGUCAGGACAGAAGCAGCCGGUGGCAGAGUAUUGAAAAAGGGUUGCAGUUCAUCCAGUCCACCCUGCCUUACAAUGGGACUCAAGAGGAGUAUGAGGUGUUUCUUCAGGACCUGGUGAGGAAUCUGUAUGGAGAGGGCAAUGAAGUAUUCAGUGAAGGUAAUUGGGCUCGAUCUGUCGAGCUCUACAGCGAGGCUCUAGGUGUAUCCGAAUACGCAGAUUCCGAAGACAUCGACAUAUCUUGUAAACUGAGGGAGAGGCUCCUUGCUAACCGUGCUGCAGCCUAUUUACACAUUGGCCUCAAUGACCAAGCCUUGGAGGACUGUGAACAAGCACUUCAGCUCAAUGAGAACAACUACAGAGCACAGUAUAGGAAGGCCCGAUGCCUAAAAGAGCUGGGGAGACACCAAGAGGCCUAUGAUGUUGUUGCUAAGUGCUCUAUGGCAGUGCCACAGGAUGCCAGAGUGAUCGAACUGACUCAGGAGCUCGCCAAAAUAUUGGGACUGAAAAUUCGUAAAGCCUACAUCAGAGGAAAGCCUGCCUUAAAUGUUUUAUCUGGAUCCAGUGCAUCAGGAACAGCAAAUGAAAAGUUUUGUCAAAGCACAGCUUCUGUGGAAGACAUUGAGACCGAUGAGAGUGUGUUUUCUCAGGAUGUUAGCACUUUGUUGCCAGCAAACAUCCCAGUGUGUCCUCCUGGAAAUCAAAAAACAGAAGUGGAGCCUCAGCCUGUACCUGUUCAUACGUUAACCCCCAUUGAGCUGCCAAAUCCCGACCCCGUUCAUCUCAUUGUGCCUGCGGUAAAUGGAUCCAAGUGCAGUGAUACCUUUCCACAGCUGGAUUUGGAUGGAGAGAUAUUAGGAGAUGAUUUGGAUGAGCUGCUGGAUAAAGCAGCUCCAACUGACCUGCCCAUGGACCUUCCUACAGUGACUGGCCCUCUUCCGUUACCAAGUAGUAUUGUGUGCUCAUUGCCUGCUCCACUUCCACCGGCCUACAUGAGCCACAGCAUGCUCAUGACACCACCAUGCACCGUGACUCUGCCCGCACCUUAUCACAAACCCAGCGCAUCGAACUACUCCUUCGGCCUGGACUCAUUUUCCUCACAGCUAGAUUCAUUAGAUAGCUUGUCCAUUUCAGAAUCUCAGCCAGCAUGGAAUGUGGAUCCUGACAUUGGCAUGUACUUUGAACAUUCUCACACCCAGAUGGGCAACAGUGAAAGAACCAUGCCCACAGUGCCUUCCAUGGGAAUGAUGUUCGGCAUGCCAGAAAGCAGUAGUUAUGCACAGGAACUUCCACAAAAGGUGGACCUUGCCAACAACCCAUUAGCUGAAAGCCAUGAGUUUAAACAAGCCUGUUGUGUGUGCUACCCUAGAACCGGGCUUGGGGUAUUAGACUACACCUAUCAUCCCGAGGAGCAUAAAUGUAAAAAAGACUUGUUGAUUGGAAGAAUCAGACAUUCGGAGAAUCUUACUUGGAAACUGAUCCGGCCAAGGCCCACCAAAAAUCAGUACAUGGGGCUUUAUUAUAUUUGCAAAGAUGUCGCUAAUGGAGAAGAAUGUAAGUACCCUGGUCAUUGCACAUUUGCUUACUGCAAAGAAGAAAUUGAUGUCUGGACCCUGGAGCGCAAGGGCCUCAUCUCCAGGGACCAACUCUGUGAUCCGAGUGGGAGUCGAGCAAAGCAUAAUUUGACAGUUUCCAAAAUCCUACAGGAGCACCAAGGGAUUUUUCUGUUUCUCUGUGAGGUGUGCUUUGAUCAGAAACCCAGAAAAAUCAGCAAACCUGGUGUCUGCUCUCAUCAAAUAAAACAGCAUGGGCUUGAUCAGAAUAAGUGCCUCGUCCAUUUAUUGAAAAACCCUACACUGAAGUACUCCAGAAUUCGCCCUUACCACUCACAGUGUCAGCUGGAUCUGUGUAGACAUGCAGUGCGCUACGGAUGCCAGCGAGAGGAUUACUGUUUCUUUGCCCACAGCUUUGUGGAGCUCCAAGUUUGGAUGAUGCAGCGUGAGAAAGGUAUUACACAUGAAACCAUUGUACAGGAGGCAAAGAAGUUUUGGAACAUUGAUCACAGCUCUCGCGAACAGGAGUUGCAGGUCGUCUUAAAGAAGUUUGGGCCUCCUAAUCUUAAAAUGCUGUUUGUGUGUGGGCAGUGUUGGAGGAAUGGGCAACUCACUGAGCCAGACAAGAACAGGAAGUACUGCAGUGCUAAAGCCAGACACGUCUGGUCCAAAGAGAGGCGAGUGGUUCUGGUUAGUUCAGUCGAAAGGAAAAAGUGGACAGAAGUUCGUUCUCUUCCAACAAGAAAGCCAGCACCUGCUCAGUUUGAGAUUUGCCUGCAUGUGGCUGCAGGCAAGAAAUGUCAGUAUAUUGGGAACUGCACUUUUGCCCACAGUGAGGAGGAGAAAGAUCUGUGGACCUUUAUGAAAGAUAACAAUAUUGCAGAUUUGGAGCAGCUUUAUGAGAGUUGGCUCCAGUCUCAGAAACUAGGCAAUAGUGAAGAGAGCUCAAGCAGUGCUGCUAAGGAGAACGGGAAGCAAAUUCACAUGCCCACGGACUACGCUGAGGAAGUGGCUGGUAACCAUUGUUGGCUGUGUGGGAAGAACUGCAAUAGUGAUAAACAGUGGCAGCAACACAUCACGUCAGAAAAGCAUAAAGACCGCAUGUUUAACUCUGAGGAUGACCAGAACGGCUGGCAGUAUCGCUUUCCCACAGGAGUUUUUAAAGUCUGUGAGAGGUUUCUCAAGGGCACGUGCCCCGAUGGAGAGAAAUGUACUAUGGCCCACGGCGAGGAGGAGCUGAAAGAGUGGAUGGAUCGUCGAGAAUUUCUUUUGAUGAAACUUUCCAAAGCUCGAAACGACCACUUGAUAGCACCAAACGAUAACGACUUUGGCAAAUAUAGUUUUCUGCUUAAAGACAUUAAGUAAACUUUAAUAAUAAUAAAAAAGUGCCAGAGAUGUUUUGAAAAGAACGUUUAGGGAAUACAGUGUUGAAGUGGACGAGCUUGAGUAAAGCUCCCUACACUCUGACAAAGGGCACAUGGCCCUCUUUAUUUUUCUCUCUGGUUGAUCUUAAUGGGGGAAAAAUAACACGGAUCUACAUAUUGCUGAAUUACGGCUUUGAUCAAAUUAACACGGGGAAAAAUAAAUAAAAAAGAGUUAUGUUCCAGCUCAGUAAGUGUUACACAAUGGGCCUCUUAAGAUUCAUUGACUUUGUAUUCAGGCCACAGACACCAAAGACAAAAGAAUACAGUAUAAGUUAUUAUUAAUAUUUGAUCACAUGAUUGUAACAGGUUUAUGAGAAUUUGUUGGGCUUGUUAUCUUUAUAUAUUUUAAUUUGUAGUGAUUUAAUUUUUCCCUUUUUGGAUUUUGUCAGCUUCUCUUAUUUUCUGACUUUAGCAUUAUUUUAUAUUCCCUGGUAUUGAACUAUUAUAUUGCAUCACUGUUCUUUGACAUGAGAAGUGCAUGAGAAAGCAGCAUAUAAGAAAUAAGUUGGUCAUUUCAGCAAGAUGGUUUUGGAAUCAUUGUUGGCUGGUUGGAGUUGUCUCAUUGCCCUGAGAGAAGCAUAAAUAUACUUCCAGUGUUUUUCUUUUUCAAACUGACAGUUUUUCUUUUAGCUGAUUUAGGUUUCCGUUCUCCAUUAUGGAUGUUCUGAUUUUAUUCACAAGUAACAAUUUUUGGAAAACACUGACUGAUGCACAUGAGGAGGUUGAUAAGAUUGAACGGAGGUACUGCCCUUUCUUUUUAUCGUUUAGUCUUUUAUUAUUGCUGUAAAAAAACCAAACAGGCAGUGUAUGUUUAAGAGGCAAAUCCAAACACUUUUUGUAGAAGUGAAUAUUUUAUUGCCUCGCUGUCUGACCUUUUGGUGUUUUGAAUAGAAUACAAUAUUCCUUUCCCAUCCCCUAAAAUUAUGGUCUGCAAGCCAACUCGUAAAGUCUUUAUUCUAUUAGAAAGUGAAAGGAACGAUUGGCACUUAACAUGGAGUAGCUGACAUAUGGCUCUCUAUUGUUCUCAGUAUUUAACGUUAAAACCCCUUCCUUUUUCCUGUAGCUGUGGGGAACACACGAGGGAGAGCAACACCAAAAAAAUAUAUUGUUUUUGCAUGGUUCAAGCAUGUUUGAAUUGAAAUGCUUAUUUAUUUAGGAUAAGUACAUUAUGUAUGUCUAUUAUAAGCCAAAUCCAUUUGCAAGAAAGUAUUACUAUUAAAAUCCAGAAGCCCUCGUCCUUUAGAUGUACCAAAGGGCUGGCGUGUGUUCGGCUUUUUAUUCCAACCAAGCUGGUGUAACUCAUUUGGCGUGUUCGAUCAGAUUUUGGUCUUCAAUUAGAUAUUAUUUGUGGUUAUAUUUAACAUUAUAUCAAGGUGAAGUUCUUGCUAAAAGACUUGUCGAGGAGAUCUGAACUCGGAACCUUCUGAUUAUGAGGUUAGAACAUUAACCACUGAGCCACAGCAAUUGGGAGUGGGAUUUUCAUUUUCUCUCUGAUUUACUUGUUACAACUAAUGUGUGAAUAAACAGAGCAUGUUCAUAA